GUGUGCCACUUUUGACCAGGAAAGGAGCACCGGCCAGCAGGGUCUUCUGGUAGUGGGAGCACCACCUCCGCACAGGCACCUCGCACCAGUGGAGUCUGGUCUCUGCAGCCCCUAACCGUCUCUCUCCCCCCCGCUAGCGAGACCCCUCGUCUCAAGGAGGUUCUUGCCCUCACGGCGUCGUUUUAAUCGCUGACAAGUUUUUCUUACUAUAAGUUGAGGGGGACGCGAGAAGUCCUGACAGAGGCGGCACGAUGACAGCUGUCGAACAAAUCACAUACAGCAACUCCUACACGAUCCACCAUGAAGAAUCGUACAUGACCCAAGAGGAGGACUGGGACAGGGACCUGCUGCUGGAUCCUGCCUGGGAGAAGCAGCAGAGGAAGACCUUCACAGCUUGGUGUAACUCCCACUUGAGAAAGGCCGGCACACAAAUCGAGAACAUUGAAGAGGAUUUCAGAAAUGGCCUCAAACUCAUGCUGCUGCUGGAGGUCAUAUCAGGGGAGAGGCUGCCCAAACCCGACAAAGGCAAGAUGCGUUUCCACAAGAUUGCCAACGUGAACAAAGCCCUGGACUUCAUCUGCAGCAAGGGGGUCAAACUGGUGUCUAUUGGUGCUGAGGAAAUUGUUGACGGUAAUGUGAAGAUGACUCUUGGUAUGAUCUGGACCAUCAUCCUGCGUUUCGCUAUCCAGGACAUCUCUGUGGAAGAGACCUCUGCUAAGGAGGGUCUGCUGCUUUGGUGCCAGAGGAAGACUGCCCCCUACAGGAACGUCAACGUGCAGAACUUCCACAUCAGUUGGAAGGAUGGCCUGGCUCUGUGUGCCCUCAUCCACAGACACAGACCUGACCUCAUUGACUACUCCAAACUGAGAAAGGAUGACCCCAUCGGUAACCUGAACACUGCCUUCGAUGUGGCUGAGAAGUUCCUGGACAUCCCUAAGAUGCUUGAUGCUGAAGAUAUUGUGAACACACCCAAGCCUGAUGAGAAGGCAAUCAUGACCUACGUGUCCUGCUUCUACCACGCCUUCGCUGGAGCUGAACAGGCUGAGACCGCUGCCAACCGUAUCUGUAAAGUUCUGGCUGUCAACCAGGAGAACGAGAAGCUGAUGGAGGAGUACGAGAAGCUGGCCAGCGAGCUGCUUGAGUGGAUUCGCCGCACUAUCCCCUGGCUGGAGAACCGUGUAGCUGAGCAGACCAUGCGCGCCAUGCAGCAGAAGCUGGAGGAUUUCCGUGACUACCGCCGCAUCCACAAGCCACCCCGCGUGCAGGAGAAGUGCCAGCUGGAGAUCAACUUCAACACCCUGCAGACCAAGCUGAGGCUGAGCAAUAGGCCCGCCUUCAUGCCCUCCGAGGGAAAGAUGGUGUCGGACAUUGCCAACGCCUGGAAGGGUCUGGAGCAGGUGGAGAAGGGCUACGAGGAGUGGCUUCUCACUGAGAUUCGCCGCCUGGAGAGACUUGAUCACCUGGCUGAGAAGUUCAAGCAGAAGUGUGCCAUGCAUGAGUCCUGGACCGGAGGUAAGGAGGACCUGCUGUCCCAGAAGGACUACGAGUCGGCCUCUCUGAUGGAGAUCAGAGCUCUGAUGAGGAAGCACGAGGCAUUCGAGAGCGACCUUGCCGCUCACCAGGACAGAGUGGAGCAGAUCGCUGCCAUCGCCCAGGAGCUUAAUGAACUGGACUACCACGAUGCUGCCACAGUCAACGCCCGCUGUCAGGGCAUCUGUGACCAGUGGGACAACCUGGGCACCCUGACCCAGAAGAGGAGGGACGCACUGGAGCGUGUGGAGAAGCUGUGGGAGACUAUCGACCAGCUCUACCUUGAGUUUGCCAAGAGGGCAGCACCCUUCAACAACUGGAUGGACGGAGCCAUGGAGGACCUGCAGGACAUGUUCAUCGUCCACAGCAUUGAGGAGAUCCAGAGUCUGAUCACGGCUCAUGACCAGUUCAAGGCCACUCUGCCUGAGGCCGACAAGGAGCGCAUGGCCACCAUGGGCAUCCACAACGAGAUCCUAAAGAUCGCUCAGACCUACGGCAUCAAGCUGUCCGGAAUCAACCCUUACACCAACCUCUCCCCCCAGGACAUCAGCACUAAGUGGGACACUGUGAAGCACCUUGUUCCCCUCAGAGACCAAAUGCUCCAGGAGGAGGUGGCCAGACAGCAGGCCAACGAGAGACUGAGGCGCCAGUUCGCUGCCCAGGCUAACAUCAUCGGACCCUGGAUUCAAACCAAGAUGGAGGAGAUCAGCCACGUGUCUGUGGACAUCGCUGGCUCUCUGGAGGAACAGAUGAACAGCCUGAAACAGUACGAGCAGAACAUCAUCAACUACAAAUCCAACAUCGACAAGCUGGAGGGAGACCACCAGCUGAGCCAGGAGUCCCUCAUCUUCGACAACAAGCACACCAACUACAGCAUGGAGCAUGUGCGUGUGGGCUGGGAGCAGCUGCUCACCACCAUCGCAAGAACCAUCAACGAGGUGGAGAACCAGAUCCUGACCCGCGACGCCAAGGGCAUCAGCCAGGAGCAGCUCAACGAGUUCAGGGCCUCCUUCAACCACUUCGACAGGAAGAGAAACGGCAUGAUGGACCCAGACGACUUCCGUGCCUGCCUCAUCUCCAUGGGUUACGAUCUGGGUGAGGUGGAGUUUGCUCGCAUCAUGACUCUGGUGGACCCCAACAACACAGGCGUGGUGACCUUCCAGGCCUUCAUCGACUUCAUGACUCGCGAGACCGCCGAGACCGACACCGCAGAGCAGGUCAUGGCCUCCUUCAAGAUUCUGGCCUCAGACAAGAACUACAUCACAGUGGAAGAGCUGCGCAGGGAGCUGCCACCCGAGCAGGCCGAAUACUGCAUCAGCCGCAUGACCAGGUACAUCGGAGCCGAUGGCCCGCCUGGCGCCCUGGACUACAUCUCCUUCUCCAGCGCCCUCUACGGCGAGAGCGACUUAUAAACCCAGCCGCUCCUUUUCACCUCCUCCUCCCCAGCUCCCACUGUUUCUCCUCUGUGGAGAGAGCGAUUUAAACCCCUUCCACUGUCCUUCUAUUUUCUCUCUUCUUAUUUUUUUUCCCCUCUUAUCAAUCAUUCUUUCCCUCCUCCCCCUUUCUCUUUUAACGCCCAAAACCACCACCCAGAGAGGGAGAGGGUAGAAGGCUUUGCUCAAAUCUUAAAGCAAGUCCCUCAUUUCUGUCAGAGUGCCUUAAAAAGAAACAAAAAGCAGGAAUGUGCUGGGUAUUGCACUGAACUUAUGUAAGCAGCGUACAUAUACACACCUGCCUUUAGGAGAAGUUUAACAGAAGGAGGUGAUGAGGGAGAGGAAGAAAUUAUUUUGAGCGAAGCCUCCUGCUCUCCCCCUCCCCCCCCCCUCUCAGAUGACGUAUUUUUUUGUAGAAGGGUAAUUAAAGAAGAAGAUGUGAUAAAAAAAAAAAAGCUGGUUGGUCA